CCGAUUGGCCCCGACCAACCAGAGAGAGGGCGAGAGGGCGCCUCAUUUCGCCCCACCCCAAGGACGGACACAAUAAUCCCUGCCUCGCCUGACUAAUCACAAGAGGUUGGCAGGCCCGGAGCCGCACGUCGAAGGUGGUGGGUGACGGCAGCGACGGGUGUGCGCUGUGCGGUGCCGUGGCGGCCGUGGCCGUAACAAGAAGAAUUAACACGGUCAAGAUGCGCCGCGGGGCGGUCCCGCUGGCGCUGGCGCUAGCCACGCUAGCGAUGCUGGCCGUGUCUGUAUCGGGGCAAGGGAGGCCGGUGAUCGACACUAGCGGCGGGAUGACAGAGGCGUUGCCGUCCAAGUUCACACCCAAGGACGCCUUCUUCAUCGACUGCGGAGGCACGAAUCCCGUCACCGUCGAGGGCAAGGCGUUCAAGACUGAUGCGCAGGCUAACCAGCUCCUCGCUGCCCAGGACGCCAUAAGGGCCUCUGUCGACAAGGCCGACAGCGUGUCCUCGCCGGUCUACCUCACCGCUCGGAUCUUCAAGGAGGAGGCCGUGUACAACUUCCCACUCGCUGUGCCCGGAUGGCACUUCAUUCGUCUUUACUUCUUCCCGCUCAAGAACCCAGACUCCGACCUAGCGGCUGCAACCUUCUCUGUCACCACCGACACCAACGUCCUUCUCCACAGCUUUACGGCCGACCCCAAGCCAACCAUGAAGGAGUACCUCAUCAAUGCCACAGAGAACCACCUUGAGAUCAAGUUCACCCCACUCAAAGGAUCAGCUGCGUUCAUCAACGGCAUCGAGGUGGUCAAUGGCCCCGAUGAGCUCAUCACCGACACAGCCCUGGCGGUCCUACCGUUUGCUGAGAUGAGCGGGCUUUCGGAGGCGGCAUACCAAGUCAUUUACCGGCUCAACGUUGGUGGCCCGGGCAUCAGCCCUGGCAACGAUACACUAGGCCGGCAAUGGGAUAAUGAUGAGAAGUAUGUGCAGUCCAAGGAGAUGGUCAAGGACGUGUCGGUGCCGACGAACACCAUCAAGUAUCCAGACACGUUCCCUGUGUCCAAGCUUGUUGCGCCGAUGCUAGUGUUUGCUAGCGCCGCCAAGAUGGCAGACAUGGACUCCACUGUGAGCAAUGCAAAUUUCAACGUUACAUGGAAGCUGGAUGUGGACCCGUCAUUCGACUAUUUUGUGCGCCUCUUCUUUGCCGACAUCAUUAGCAAGUCUGCCAACGACCUCUACUUCAAUGUGUACAUCGAUGGCCGCAAGGCCAUCUCCGGCCUGGAUUUGUCCGGGAUCACCGGUGACCUAGCGGUGCCAUACUACAAAGAUUUCGUGGUGAACUCGUCCAUCACAGCCGACGGCCAUCUAAGCAUCCAGAUCGGACCGUUGGGUCAGGACACGGGUCGCAUCGAUGCACUACUCAAUGGUGCUGAGGUGUUCAAGAUGAGCAACUCGGUGGGCAGCCUGGACGGUGAGUUCGGCGUGGAUGGCAGGAAGGCUGAUGAUGGCAGCGGAGGCCGCAAGGUAGUGGCGGUCGUCGGCUUCGCCAUGAUGUUUGGUGCCUUCGCUGGGCUAGGCGCCAUGGUGGUAAAGUGGCACAAGCGGCCACAGGACUGGCAGCGUCGCAACAGCUUUUCGUCAUGGCUACUUCCAAUCCACACGGGCCAGUCCUUCUCCAAUGGCAAAGGGUCAAAAAGUGGUUACACAUUUUCCUCCACCGGGGGCCUUGGACGCUUCUUCUCCUUCGCAGAGAUGCAAGAGGCGACCAAGAACUUCGACGAAUCCGCCAUCAUCGGCGUGGGCGGGUUUGGCAAUGUGUAUGUUGGUGAGAUCGACGACGGCACCAAAGUGGCAAUAAAGCGGGGCAACCCACAGUCCGAGCAAGGGAUCAAUGAGUUCAACACGGAGAUCCAGAUGCUCUCCAAACUUCGGCACCGCCAUCUCGUCUCCCUCAUCGGCUACUGCGACGAGAACGCGGAGAUGAUACUCGUGUACGAAUACAUGCACUACGGGCCCUUCCGCGACCACAUCUACGGUGGUGACGGAAACCUGCCCGCCCUAUCAUGGAAGCAACGCCUCGAGAUCUGCAUCGGCGCAGCACGGGGACUCCACUACCUCCACACCGGCACCGCCCAGGGCAUCAUCCACCGCGACGUCAAGACCACCAACAUCCUCCUCGACGAGAACUUCGUGGCCAAGGUGGCCGACUUUGGGCUCUCGAAAGACGGCCCCGGCAUGGACCAGCUCCACGUCAGCACCGCCGUGAAGGGAAGCUUUGGCUACCUGGACCCGGAGUACUUCCGGUGCCAGCAGCUGACGGACAAGUCGGACGUGUACAGCUUCGGCGUGGUGCUGCUCGAGACGCUAUGCGCACGGGCACCCAUCGACCCGCAGUUGCCACGGGAGCAAGUCAGCCUGGCGGAGUGGGGCCUGCAGUGGAAGCGCAAGGGGCUCAUCGAGAAGAUCAUGGACCCCAAGCUGGCCGGGAAGGUCAACGAGGAGUCGCUCAACAAGUUCGCCGAGACCGCCGAGAAGUGCCUCGCGGAGUUCGGCAGCGACCGUAUCUCCAUGGGCGACGUGCUCUGGAACCUCGAGUACGCUCUACAAAUGCAGGAGCAAAACCCGCCGGAGGGCGCCGCCGCGGGAGAAGGCGGUGACGGGGACUCGCUGGACGCCGGCAUCUCGUCUUCCUCCAUCGCCACCACAUCGUCAUCCAGCAGCGGCAUCAACACCGUGCCCGACGCCUCCACCACCUCCGCCGGCGAGCUCUUCGCGCAACUCGCGGACAUGAAAGGAAGGUGACCAAUUCCAUUGAUGCCCCGUCCAUCGCCGAGCCAUUGAUGCAUUGUCCAUCGCCGAAGCAGCCAUGGGAGCAUACUGUAGUUCAACCUUCUGGAUGCAUCAUCUCCCCCUUAUUCGUCCCUUAAUUAAUUGACUGGUGGAAGGAAGGGUCGGAGUAAUUAAAAUCAAAAGCUAAACGAGAUCGAUCGAGAUAUAUGCGUGUAUGUAUGUACGUGUGUGUACUAAUCACGUUUUACUGAUGCAGAAAAAAAAAUUCCGAGUAAA